AUGAAUAGUGUUCCAGAUCUACGCUUUGGAAAACAGAAAAACAUUUCCCGCAAAGACACAUGGAGCGUGGAUUCUUUUCUGAGUCUUCAAUACCAGAAUGUAGCUGAAACGUUACCCGACAGGUUUGUCCGCAGAGGGCGUGCUGCCAAGAAGGAUGAUCCAGAAUUUGAUAUCGUAAGCGGUGUCGAGGAUUCAGAACUGGUUUCGUGGUUGGAGAAGUAUGCCACCUUUUUGCGGGUCUUUAAAGAUCGCUGGCAAGACGUCUUAAAGUUCAGGGAGAAGAAUUUGUUUUCAAGGUGUGAGUUCUGCUACCACCAGACCCAGCAAAUUUCAGACCGCUCCGCCUCUCUGGAGGAAAAGCUGUGCGCCGUCAAGGUGUACAGAGAGCACCUGCAUUCACAGUAUUGUGACAGGACUGUGCAAUGGUCGUUGGAGGAGGCACCAAGGGACCCGUCCAGUGGGAUCCUUACGAUCCUGCUGGAGUUGAACCGACCCAGCCUCCGCAGCUGGAUAGGAAUGAACUCCAAGAUCAACUGCCAAAAGCUUGAUGCCGUGCGAACCUGGCGAGAUCAAUUUCAACAAGCUCAGCGGGUGGGAUACAGUGGAGGGCAUCCCAACAACUUCAACGCAAACUUCCGAGAUCAGUGUAUCAAAGUUGCUGAAGCAGUCCGGAAAAGUUAUGGCCCAGAAUACCGGGAGAGCGUGGACUAUUUGAUUGCCUUGGCCCGGAACAGCCUCUACUUACAAGCCAACCUACAGGCUCUGCCAUGGCAUGCAGUGAUGGGCAGUGAACCGGGGGUUGGGGACCCUGUCAACCGAUUGCACCCGUCAGUGCUAAAUGCACUGGCACCUGCGGGUCUAUCCAAAGACAUGUUGGCCAACCCCUUCCUGAAAGUAGCCAAGCAGCUCUCAACGCCAGUCAAGAAGAAGGAGGAAGUCAAAGGUGAGGACUUCACUCCAACUCCUGUUGCGGCAAAGAAGGAAAUGUAUGACUUCAUGGCGAGCUUUGAAGAGAACACUGAUGGUGACUAUCGCUCUACUUCUCACCCAGCUGAUGCAGUUCCCCAUCUGUUGGCUUCAGCCAAUGCCGAGCACAAUUCUUUGCGAAUCAAAGAGCUGGAUAGUUGGUACCGCCUCUAUGCCGAGAAGACCCCCCACAUCUUCUUCCCUGUCUCACCUAUCUCUUCCCUCUUCGCUUUGGAUGACUACUCCCAACUCUUGGAUAGAAGCAUGGAGAAUGACACCUUGAAGUUGCCCAUCUCGGCCCUGAAGUUCACCCCACCGACAGAUGGGAUGCCUUGCAUCCGGGACUGGGUGACAACUUGGGAGUCAAUGGUGUGCGCUGGAGUGGACUUGGGAAGGGUCGACUUUGGCGAGACGCCACAAGGUGGAAAGAUUACCUUGACAGAGGGGAGCAUCGAUUUGGUCAAAGGCUUUACGAAGGCAUCAGUCAUCGCCUUUGUUUUGCUGAGCCUGGCGGAGUGCGACGUGAACACAGUCAGUGUUGACCAGAACAGAGUGGAGCAGUGCUUCGAAAAUUUAGUGCUCAGCUAUAGAGGAAGCGAAAGGCAGCCACCUCACGUGCUUUCUUUGGCACUGACUUUUAGCCGGGUGAUGCAGGACUAUGCCCAAGAAGGUCGACAUCCAGCUUCGUGGAACACGGAGGAACGUUUGGCCAAUGUGGUCCAGAACUUCAAUUCACAGGAUAGCGUGCUGUCUCGCUGGGCGAUUGAUGAGGAUCGCCAAAAGGCCAUCCUGAACCUUUUGAUUGGGACCUCGGAACAUGCUCGACAGAUCAUAUCCGGCCACUUGGCUUUCCACAAGUGGAAAGAAUGCAGCUUCACAUCAGAGUUGCUCAAGAGCACGCGAUGGUUGCAGAACGCGCUUCCGAAAGGUUGCAAGCACAUUUUCAAAAAAUUGCUCGUCGUGGAUGAGGAGAUUCAAGAAGAGUUUUUGAAGAACCACGUGGCACACUGGAUCCAUGCUACUCGCAAAUCCCGUCCAUCAGCGAAGUCCAAGUUUCGACCCAGCCAGCAGGAAUGGGACAAGCUUGUGUCAUACACAUGCAUCAUGGUCGCUUGCAAGAGGGAGGCCAAGGAGUUCUACAAGGAGGACACCGGAAAGGCUGACGAGGUGGUUACGAAGUUGAACAAUGCUUUCAUGUCCAGGGACUACAUGUCCGAAGUCAUGGCGUGCAUUGACAGUGCUGUUCCGAACUGGAAUGUCCGCCACCUAUCCUUGUGGAGUGAGUUGGUUUGCCCAGAAGUUCCGGAGACCGACACGGUGGAUUUGGAAGCCGUGGAGGAGGCCACUGCAAUUGCUCUCUACCAAGAGGUGAAAUCCAAGUUGUCGCUUGAUGAGACUGCUUGGGCAUCUUACCGGCGACUGUUGACCAAGAAGGCAGCACGAGAUCAUGUUGUCACUGUUCAGCACGCCAAGGCCCAGAACACUAUCGGCUUGGGGAUUGUGGAAUCCUACAUGGAGAAAAAUUGCAGUGUGAACAUGGUGAAAGACCUCGGUACCAUGCCCAAUGUUGAUGCCUGGCUGAAGCAGGCUGCUGCAGAGUUGAAGGUGAAACCUGAACAGCUGUUUGUGGUGGUGCUGACAGAUUACACCAAGCAUGGUUCUGCUGGAUUGAUCAUGGCGCCCUUGUUGGCGGGAACGGCCGGAGGUGGCUCACUUCGCUCUGACUGGAGGCUUAUCGAGAACAAGCUCGAAGAGAACAAGCUGCGAGUCCGAGACAUCCGUGUGGCAGUAGAUAUGCAAGGCAUUCACCGAAAUUCUGAACGGCCUGCAUAUUUUCAGGCGUGGAUCACAGUACCAGAUCUCUACCUCCCUACGAAGGGAACCGCCUAUCGGGCCAACAGGCAUGACGAUCAGCAAGUCAAGCCCGGGGAAGUCAGUGAGAUUUGCUCUGGGGAGUUGUGGCGGCUUCAGGGCCUACCGUUUGACAUGUUGCCAGCUGCACUGUCUGAAGGAGACUUCCGAGUCCCCUCAGCAAAGGCUCAUCUGUGCGCUCAGGACGGUCGAAAAAAUCUCACUGACUUGCAGGAGACUGCACAAUGGCUGGCAGGAGAAGCUGUUACAAGCAGUUUGCUGAAGGCUUUGCUGGGUGAAAACCUCAAGAGGGCUGCUGUCAUCCAUACCACACCUUACUGUGCAAGUGUGGAAAAGGCAUGCUUGAGCCUGAAAGUGCCGAUCCUUUCGGUCACCGAGAGCUCUGUGAACCACAGCUUCACGCUUCUUUCCGUGUCUCAGGGGCUGUUGGAGGAUUGGAAAAAUGCUGUUGGUGGCAUUGGACGGAGCCUCCCGAAGUACCAGAAAGAGCCUACUGAGCAGGACACCAUGGCAGUUGAGGCGGAGGUGCCAACUCUUCACCUCUGCGAGGUCAAGGAUGAGAUGUUGCAGGUACCUAUGACGGUACGCCAGCAAUACUUGCAAGAUCCUGUUCGAUCUUGUGAGUGGAAAGCCAUCUUGAAGGAGUUUGACAGGAAGUGGACUACCGAUACUUCAGCACAGCAGAGCAGCGGUGACAGUGUGCAGCAGAGCAAUGGUUCUGGCAAUCAGGGAUUCAAGUGGGAGGAGAUCUUUGCUGAUGAACCUAGCACCAGAUCAGACCUGGAGUCAAGGUAUGGCACUCCUGCGGCAAGCUUUGCCAUCAACGAGACUUUGUCUGCUUGCAUUGUCGAGGGGCCGCGUUUGUUCUUGGUCUCGUCGGGAGAAGCUGAGUUUGGCACGAAGGAGCCGAUUGUGUGCUACGGAGCCGGGGUGUGGCUUCUUGAUUCCAAAGCGGAGACAUUCCGUCAGGACUGUUUUGUGGAUGAAACAAAUUGA